AUGCGUGUCUCCGCUCUCCUUCUCGUCGUGUUUGGCCUACCAGCUUUUGCGACCCUGCUUGACACGCAAUUCCCGCACAUGCUUCUGCCUCUCAAGAAGUCUCAGCCAGAUACCGCUUUUCCGACCCAGAACAACGCGACCGUCAGCUACGACGACAGAUCCCUUGAUGAGCAAUGGACAGCCGUCAACUACGAUGUCCCCGACAACGCCGCAGAUAUCUGUCGCCUCCGAUUCCUCAUCAACACUGACACCUUUAAGAAUGCUCCGCUCAGCCUCAAAGGUGAAGCACCUUUCGCCAUCAACAUCUCACGCAUCGAACCCAAGCUUGUCAACGGCGGCACUACCUGGAACAACAAGCCAGCCAUAACCGAGCACUACGAUACAUACGUGCUGUCUAUGAACGGCGCAACGGAGGUUGUCAGCAAGUGGUUCUCGUGCCCCAAAGGAAAUGUAGCGCAAUUCGUAAUUCAUCCUGCUAGCAAGAGAUAUUUGGACGUCUACUGGUUCGAGCUAAACUACGGUGCUGAGGAUGGAGGCCCACACGGCGUCGUGCUGGAAAUGCACAUCUGAGCUGCAAGAAACCAUAUGGCGAAUGAUUUGAUAAUUGGUACCAAAUUGUAGUUGGAGGAAGGCGAAGGGCGUGUGAAUGGAGUUGUCAGUGAUGUUUUGGGCUAUCCUCAACAUAAAAGAACCAACGCGUUCCAUAAGCUGCGCUCCUUUUCAUACCAAUAUUUCGUCCCGACCACGAUCAAAGGUCACCGCGAGAACGUUCCACCAAUAUGAAACUUACGUCUAUCCAUCCUUAGUAGGCUGGCAGUUUGAUGUAUGCAUCUCUUGAUAGCCCCGUCCUCAACGUUAACCAGCUCACAGCGAGAGUCCUUAAGCAAUCAACCAUAUCUCAGCUUCCAGUUUUGGAU